AUGUCUGAAGAUCUUGACAUUGACAAAUAUCUCGCAACUGAAGCUACACAACUACAAAAGGAUCAAGAAGUAGAACGUAUCCUUUCAGCGUUUAAACUGAAUCCUUUUGACAUUCUUGAUCUAGCACCGGAUUGUACAGAAAAAGAUAUUAAAAAUGCUUAUCGAAAAAAAUCAUUACUUAUUCACCCAGAUAAAACUAAACAUCCAAAAGCGCAAGAAGCAUUCGCAUUAUUGAAAAAGGCUGAAACGGAAUUAUCUAAUGAAAAAUCACGACAACUUCUUUUAACAAUCAUUGAAGAAGCAAAGAUAACUUUAAUUACAGAUCAAAAAUUAAAAUCUACAGACCCAUUCAUAAACACACCCGAAUUUAAUCUACAAAUUAAACAAAAAACUAAAGACAUUUUAAUAGAACAAGAAUUACGUCGUCGGAAAUUAUUAAAAAGAGAAUUGGAAGCACAAGGAUUGGCAGCUCAAAAAGCUGAACAA